CAAUCCUCUGCUCCAUUGACAUUCCUAAACCACUACAGGGCUCAGCAACGGACUUCAGAAUAGGCCCUUGUAGAUCGUCUGAUCUGUUUUCUCAAUGUCUGAUAGACCAAACGACUCGCUGAAGGAACCGAAUACUCCAAAUCAAAGUACUUCAGCCGGGAAACUUUUGAGGCGCUCCAGUACCGUAUCGAGAUUCAAGAAGAAAGUUAAUACAUCACUGCACAACGACGAAAGACAUACGCGUAGUGUUAAUGACCAACCUUUAAGUGAUACCGCGCCAUCCGAAGGCAGUUCCAUUCCUCCACUACCCAUUACGAAAGAUGAAAGAGCUGAAAAACUGAGAAAGAAAGCAAAGAACUUCUUCGACGAACGCCAAAAGACAAAAGCAAGAGCUCAGAGCUUAUGGAGUUUUAUUGAUGCUACGAAUAACUUCGAUCAAGCUCGUUUCUUUCAAGAGAAUGCCGAGCAGGUUUUUCUUGUCAUUAGCGAAACUUGUAUGAGCCAGAUUGAAAAGAUUAAGCAAAAAACCGAUCGUCCUACCAGUUGGCAUUCAAAGGAGCUCACUGGCUUACAAAAAACAUUGUUCUUAUUGCGCAAAAUGUUUCUUUAUGUACCCGAACUCAUGCGAAAUGGCUGGCAGCGUCAAAAUAUAGCUACCAUCCUCUCGCACAUUCUCGACCACGGCAAUCAUCCUAGAUUACGUAUUCUUGGUUUUCGCCUUCUUCUUUUAUGGUUAAAUGACCAAGUCGUAGAGUACCCAGAAUGCAUGGGACUUUUCGCAAACGCAAUCCCUCUCGAUCUCCUUCUUCUCGACGAGAUUCAACCUACAGCAACAACUGGAACGACUGGCCCAGAUACAUCGUCGCAGAGUGAAGAAAAGGAACAAAAAACAGGAACGAGUGGAAAUGGGCUGCUAUUUGUCAAGCGCAUUAAUGAACGCAGUAAUGAGAAGGCGUUUGGCCACGGCUUGGAUAGAAACGACAGGAUCAAAAAGGCAGAUCGUAAUUUACGACAAUCUAUCAUAUCCACUGGUUCGCAAGCACCUCUUUUUCCUAAUCCAAAUCAGCCGACUUACCAAGACUCCAUCGCAAUGUUACACAUUUUUAUCAUUAAUCUUGUAAGACUAGCUUAUGUUGCUGCUGGAUCUCCACCUCCUCCGGAUGAAUACGAAUUCCCACCAGGCGAUAUGUGUGAAGUUGACGAUGGAAUUGCUACGGGCGUAGGAAUUGAUGCAGCAUCCGCCAGUGCCAAAUUUUUGUUCAAAAUUUUCAGAAGCUAUUACCUCGUUAAACUAUUUCCUGACAUUGCUAUGCGCUUCAGAAUGGAUGGUGCUCCCAUUAAUACUGUUCUUCCAAACUUUGGCUUCAAAGCUUGUCCACCUAGCGUACUACGAACCUUACUCAUGUUUAUCAUCGGUUACGGCCUGGAUAGCAACAGCAGUGAUCCACCCGUGCCACAUCCAGGUGGUAUAUAUCCUUACUUUUCAGGAUCUUCACCAGCUAUACCUAUCAUGAAGUCCAUAGUGUUAGGAUCCAGCGAGAGCAGAGAAAUUAUUCACGAAGUUCUGCGACAAGCAUUGGUCUUGCCGUGCAGUAAUCAGAACUAUAGAGACAUAGUACGUGGAUCUAUGCAUGUUCUGGGUGUGUGGGCUCUUAGUGGAGAAGACGAGCGUCCUGCCUUCUUACGACGAUCAAGUUCCACCGGUAACUACGCAAGAGGAGGAGGUGUCAGUACCUCUACCAGUAACACGUCAUUGUCAACGAUGGCAACCAGUCCAGUCUCUAUCCAUGCCAUUGAAACGACUGAUCACGACACCGAUUCCAGUAGCCUGGUGAGAUCCGCCUCCAAUCAGACCACUGACUAUGCCACCGCCAAUGUUUAUCUUCGACGGUACUUUUUGAUGAUUCAAACUAUCUUUGAUAACAUUGGUGAGAGCACAGACGACCUUUCAAAGUAUAAAAACAGAGAGGCUGUGGCAGCUGCCGUUCAAAAUACAAGUGAUUGGGAAGGAUUGGUGAACCUUUACAAGGACGCUUUGAAUAUUUACAGAGCCAUCACUGUGGCACACGACGGCAUUGAUAUUGAAAGCCAGAGUUGGGAAGUGAUGCUUGGCUGUUUGAUGGACAUUCGAGAAAAGCUGAUGAACAGCACGGAGAAAUACACCAUUAUACCAGUUCACGCGCUCGCCGACGACCUUGCUGAUUAUGCAUGCGAAACAUUGCUAGUGGCUUUUGCUCGUUCGGAUACCACGAAUCCGGAUCUUUGGAUCCGUCUGAAGAAAAGCAUGAUUGUGGCUCAUAGGUGGCCACAGCCUUUAAACCAGUGGGUGAAACAAAUGCAUCUGCUCACGAAAAUCUUGUCACAACGUCUGUAUAAUGUCAAUCUCGACACUGAGUUCGCCUCCACAAACAAGCGCAAUAUGAGUGACUACUUUACAGGCAACCGCCAUUCCACACAGCUCAGUCAUGCAGGAUCGCGAACUCGUGCUAACAAAUCCCGGUCACGGCAUCAGAGUAUUCAUGGUGACCCCAGAGCUUUACUCAGUCGGUCAUCGGGGCGGCCUACUUCUUCUGGUAGCAGUGGACAAUUAAUCGAACUCGCACCGUCAGAACGAUCUUUACAGUCGGCUGCAACCUUUAGUGGCCAUACAGCCACUCUUGGAAACGCUGCAGCAAGCGAUACUCUAGACAUACCAGAACCUCGAAAUAGUAGCACGAGCUCUCUGUUAGGAGGUAGUAACUUGAUUACUAGAAGCUUUAAAGCCGGGGACCGUAGAUCCACACCUUUUGCUUCCACAAGCACUGCUCCUAGUGAAGGUCGAAGUAAGGAUUUAAGUACAUCACCAGAAGAUAGUGGCGAAACGUUCAGUACCCGUCCAAUGUCUGGUGGUAUCCGCUUCGGUCUUAAGAGUAUCAUUCCCAAUACAGACAAAGGUCAUAGCACUGGAGGUACUCCACUGUCCUUCGAAAGCUCAACGGACUCGGAUAAAGGAGUAAUGAAGAAGGAAAAUGGGUCCAUCACAUUUAGUUCCAAGUUUGACCUACAUUCCGAUAGCAAAUCUGACAAGGAAGUUGAUCGGAAGAGUAUUAACAGUCUUGGCGAACGACAAUUAACCGAUGAAAAUCUCGGUGUGCCCAGCAAGUCAAAUCGAACAUCUACCUCUUCUUUCCAGCAUAUUUUGGAAGCAAGUUAUACGGGCGGCGUUCCUGCUGUUGGCAAUGAGACUUUACCGAGCACUAUAGCUAUAUUUGAUAGUGCAGAGUUCCUCAACUUACAAGGCAUGAAUUGGACUGGCACUUCCAUACUUCAUAUUUGGAAAAACAUGAUCUGCGUCAUGGGCAACGUCAACGAAAUACAGAGCCCCUAUACCCAUGCUAUAGCCAUAAACUGUCUCGUCGAUAUCUGGGAUACUCUUGCCCUCGUGCGAGCUUGCCAACCAUUCCAAGCUGCUACUAAGCCUGCCUUGUACGAAUUAGCGCCCUGGUUUUUCCAGGCGUCCGAUCUACCUCCAUCACACUCUCUAGGCAGGGCGGCGGCUUAUGGUGUUCUUUGCCGGAUGAUGUGUCAGCGUGCGGAUCAAGAUGUUCCUGAGGGAUACUAUCCUCUGUUCUAUCAAGUUUUACUUGACGCACUGUCUCGUCCUGAUGAAGUUGCUGUUCAAGCUGUUCUGAGGAACAGUAUCAGACUGUUCUCCUUGUCACUCCCUGGUGUCAAUGUGCUUAUUCCUGCGUUCAUUGCCUGCAUUCGCAAAGAGCUGCUUGAAGAUUCGCAUACAUUACGCUAUACACCUGAUGAUGUUCGGUCCAGUUGUGUGUUGAUCAUGGGCUCCCUGACAGCUAUUUCGUAUCAGCUUGGAAGUCUUACCAUUCAACUUUCCGCAAAAGCCGCAAAGGCAGGAACACUUCAAAGCAAUGAGUUCACCUUCAAUCAGGUGAAAAUCAUGUUGAAGGACUUGUACAUCGAUUUGAUUGCGGCAGAUGCAAAUAUUCGAAGGAUGGCAAAAUAUACCGAUUCACAUUGUAUGCUGAUCAAUGGCGUGUGCAGCUUGUUGGCUCACGAACUCACUCUUCAGAGCAACUACGACCCGGAAAUAGUAUUCUCAACCUUGAAUGUUUUGGUUGACCGAUUGUACUGGAGCAACCUUCCAGUUGUCAUUGCCGCAUGCGAUUCCCUUUACACCCUUAUCUCCCAUUACUCGAAGCAAACUGAUCAUGACAAUCGCAUUCUCCAAACAAUCCUUAGCAAGCUCCUGGAUGCUCUCAAUGUUCACUUGAAAAACUAUGAUAAAACGGUUAAAGGAGGACGUAGCUUGAUCAUUAGCAAACUCUUCUCCCUGCUUGUAGGCUGGCUGAUGGCCAUUGACCCGGAUAUCUUUACUGGGACACAACUGUGUCAGAUUGUAUUUGAUACCGUCGAAUACGCACUUAAUAUAUCUGGGGCUGAGACCGAAAAGCUCCUCCCGCAUCCACCAGUAGAUCAAAGUGAUGCAAACAGGCAAAUCAAAUCACUUUCAUUUAAGGUCUCGCCUGACCAACGCCCUCGGUUUAGCGCUAAUGAUAUGGCCAUGGUCAAUGAUGUGACCUUCGAAACCGAUGAUACUGAUUCUGUGAAGGAAUCGACUGAAGCGACUUUGCUCCAUCUUUUGCAUCAUUUCAACAACUUUCCUCCUCCGAAUGGACCAGCGACGAUCAACAGUAACAUCCUCGGGCCAGGAGUAUCCAAUGAUGAGAAGGCGGACACCUACCAAGACCAGUUUGAGUACUUUUCGUUUAACGAUCAUACCAUCAUCGCCUUUGUUGAAGGGCCGCAGCGAAUGGAUUCGGAAUCUGCAAACCGCAUUAUUACCCGGGAUAUCACUGGAAGGUAUGCAUGGGAUAUGAAUUUGUUCUACAGAACAUGGAUCAAACCCUCAGCCAUAGAAGAUGGUCACCGUUCCAGCGAAGGCUCUCUGCAGGAUAUUAGUCAUAUUGCCGAAGGUCUCAAAUUACGAGAUGGACUUACACUCUCCAAAGUACCAAAACUACCAAAACGAACACCGCCUUCACCUGUUACGCAGCAAUCUGAAGUACCUACUUGGAGUGCGACCAAUCAUAACAGCGACAUGCUUGAAAACCUUCUUACUUACAUCGGCGAUAAUAAUCCAGACUGCCUGCUUGAUCCAAGUACGCCUCUUAAUGCCCCGUUACCUCUCAGCCAGCCUCAUUCAAAUAUCGUAAUGUCAAUGAGUGAACAGCUGAACCAUCAUCUUGAAUUCGAAAAAACCUCUACUCCGGAUCAUAUAAUCGACAUAAAAUCAUGGUACAAACAACAUGAUCGCCGUCCAUAUGGUAGCCAGAAGCUACUGCCUUCCGAUAGUGAGAGCAACCUAGUCGCCAACGUUUCAUUAUCCAAAGUGUUUACACCUGUAGUGCCUGGUGAAGCCGAAAAACCACACAUUCCAUUCCAGCAAAGCCGACUCUUAAUGAGCCACAUGGGUCUGCUCAACUACGACUAUUUGCGAGAAGGCUCCUUCCAGAUGCUCUCUAAAUCGCCUGCGUUGUUCCGGGACCUCAGAGGAUUGGAUAGGAAGCAUGGGCGAGAAACCAUGAAGAUUGCUCUACUGUAUGUAGCGGACGGCCAAGAGGAUGAACAUGCGAUCUUCCGCAACAGUAGCGGAAGCGCUGAAUACGAAGCCUUUGUAAAUAGUUUGGGAUGGGAAGUCGAUAUCGCUACCCACGACGGUUACCUUGGUGGACUGGAACGAAGCUUGACCAAUGGUACCAAAACGACCUAUUACUGCUCAUCAACGCUUGAAAUGAUCUUCCACGACGUCACAAAGAUGCCCAGCGACGCCAAUGAUGUGAAACAGGUCAAGAAAAAGAGACACAUUGGCAAUGAUCACGUACACAUUGUUUGGAACGAACAUCGUCGAGAUUACCGAAUCGGCACCAUUGGCGGUGACUUUGGUAACGCUCAAAUCAUUGUGACUCCUCUAGUGAAUGGCAUGUACGCCAUUCAGAUAUACCGAGACUCCAAAGUUCCACUCUUUGGACCUCUGCUGGACGGAAUGGUCGUAUCUCAAGCAGUUUUAGGACCGCUCAUUCGAGAAACGGCUAUCAAUGCAUUCCGGGCUACUGUUCACACCACCAACCAAGCACUGUACAAACACGCUUAUUCUCAGAGAGCUGCUGACAUUCAUACUAUCACUCAACGUCACAAAGCCAGCAAAUGGAGCUUUGAAGUUUUCAUGAGCAAGAUUUUUAUACCUAAUGAGGAUAGUUCAUCCUAAGAAAAGGUGAUAUGCUUUAAGUCGAUUUUUGUUGCAUAUUCCUAAUAAUUAUAAUACCUCCAUACUGUAAUUCGCAUAUCCCCCCAUCAUUAGUCAAAAAAAUAUUGGAAU